GUCGGCUUGAAUAAAUAACCUCGCCCAGCUGAAACUCCUUAGUUCCUCUUACGCCGGACUCUUAAACGUUCCACUGUAGGGGCUAAACGCUAACUAUUCUUCUUUGUCAUCCAAACUCUCAGACUUGUCAGCUUCUGCAAACAUGCGUGAGUGUAUCUCUGUCCAUGUGGGUCAGGCUGGUGUCCAGAUCGGUAAUGCCUGCUGGGAGCUGUACUGCUUGGAACAUGGGAUCCAGCCGGAUGGUCAGAUGCCCAGUGACAAGCCUAUUGGAGGAGGAGAUGAUUCCUUCAACACCUUCUUCAGUGAGACUGGAGCUGGAAAACAUGUUCCCAGAGCUGUGUUUGUGGACCUGGAGCCUUCAGUCAUCGAUGAGGUGCGCAGUGGGACCUACCGGCAGCUGUUCCACCCUGAGCAGCUUAUCACUGGCAAGGAGGAUGCAGCCAACAACUACGCCCGUGGACACUACACCAUCGGCAAAGAGAUCAUUGAUCUGGUUCUAGACAGGAUCCGCAAACUGGCUGACCAGUGCACUGGUCUUCAGGGCUUCCUGGUGUUCCACAGCUUCGGUGGAGGCACCGGCUCUGGUUUCACCUCCCUGCUGAUGGAGCGCCUCUCUGUUGACUACGGCAAGAAGUCUAAGCUAGAGUUCUCCAUCUACCCAGCUCCCCAGGUGUCCACUGCUGUAGUAGAGCCCUACAACUCUAUCCUGACCACCCACACCACCCUGGAGCACUCCGACUGUGCUUUCAUGGUGGAUAAUGAGGCCAUCUACGACAUCUGCCGUAGAAACCUUGAUAUAGAACGUCCCACUUACACAAACCUGAAUAGGCUGAUCAGUCAGAUUGUGUCCUCCAUCACUGCAUCUCUUCGUUUUGAUGGAGCCCUCAAUGUUGAUCUGACAGAGUUCCAGACCAACUUGGUGCCAUAUCCCCGUAUCCACUUCCCUCUGGCCACAUAUGCUCCUGUAAUCUCUGCUGAGAAAGCCUACCAUGAGCAGUUAACUGUGGCUGAGAUCACAAACGCCUGCUUUGAGCCAGCCAAUCAGAUGGUGAAGUGUGACCCUCGCCACGGCAAGUACAUGGCAUGCUGCCUGCUGUUCCGUGGCGAUGUGGUGCCCAAAGAUGUCAAUGCUGCCAUAGCCACUAUCAAAACCAAGCGCUCCAUCCAGUUUGUGGACUGGUGCCCCACUGGUUUCAAGGUUGGCAUCAACUACCAGCCUCCAACUGUAGUUCCUGGUGGUGACCUGGCCAAGGUCCAGAGGGCUGUGUGCAUGCUGAGUAAUACCACUGCCAUUGCAGAGGCCUGGGCUCGGCUUGACCACAAAUUUGAUCUGAUGUACGCCAAGCGUGCCUUUGUCCACUGGUAUGUAGGUGAGGGUAUGGAGGAGGGAGAGUUCUCAGAGGCCAGAGAGGAUAUGGCAGCUCUGGAAAAAGAUUACGAGGAGGUGGGAGCUGAUAGCAUGCAAGAUGACGAUGAUGAGGGAGAGGAAUAUUGAGACAUGCAUUCCUUUUGAUCUGUUCAAUAAUGUUAAAAUAAAGUUUGUUUGCUGGCUGCA